AUGCAAUGGAACGCUUUUUCCUUUGUGUCUUAUGUAUAUCUUCGUUAUUUUAUUUCGUUCCGCCCAAAUAUUGUGCUAGCCAGUGUUCGCUUGUCUUGGUAUAGUAUCAUUUAG